GUGACACCACGGAUUCCAAAAGAGGCAGCCCUAAUAUAAAAAUGAUAAUGGACGUAAACCCGAGACCCGAAGACGCCCGCAAUUUAACUUUCUCUGCGUGUGAAUAUACCGCUUGCGCCAUGACGUCAAAUCCUUUAGAAGCUGACCUGCUGAUGUUCAACGGCCUUCGAAUGGAAGGGCUUACUCUCCCACAAAGACCGACAGGCCAAAUAUGGCUCAUGUACACAAGAGAACCACCUUCUGCCAGGAAAGUUCAAGAUCUGAAACGAAUUGAUUUAAGAAACCAGUUUAACUGGAGUCGUACUGUACUCGGUGACUCCACUUUCCAAAUUGUGUACGGGGUUAUUGGAGAGAGAACGGCUCCUGUGAAGGAUUACGGAGCUAUUUUCCAGCGAAAGAAACACGUCGUUGCAUGGUUUGUUAGCAAGUGCAGGACGUUUUCCAAACGUGAAGACUACGUCAGACGUCUGAGCUCAUAUGUCAGCGUGCAUGUCUACGGACUGUGUGGGAAUCGAACGUGUGGUUCACGAGGCUACGAAAUGGGUGGUAGCAAAACUAAGUGUCUCGAGAUGAUUUCUAAAUCCUACAAAUUCUACUUGUCGUUUGAGAACUCCUUUUGCCGAGAUUACAUCACUGAGAAGUUCUUCGCCAUGUUCAGCGACGUAGACGUGAUUCCUGUGGUCAGAGGGGGCGGUGAUUACAGAAAGCUGUUUCCUCCUGGGAUUUUCAUCAAUUCUGAUGACUUUCCUUCUCCAGAGAGUCUCGGGAAAUACCUGAAUGCAUUGGCUCGUGAUAAGUCGGCUUAUAUUAGAAUGCUUCAGAAUAAAAACAGGUAUACGUUAACAAGCGGGACCUAUUUCUCUUGUAACCUCUGCAAAGCUUUACAUUUGCAGUCACCUCAGAAUGUGUAUGAGGACAUAUACUCGUGGAUGCUACGUCCGAAUAACUGCUGGAGUCCCACGGAUUUACCAGAUAUUCAAAAUUAG